AUGGAGGAGUUGGCGAGGUUGUAUAUCAAGGAGAUUGUAAGGUUGCACGGUGUGCCAUCGAGCAUAGUAUCAGACCGUGAUUCCCGAUUCACAUCAAGGCCGGUGGCAUAUCAAGUAGCUUUGCCGCCACACUUGUCUAACUUGCAUGACGUAUUCCACGUCUCACAACUCUGUAAGUACACGUCGGAUGCGGCUCAUGUGUUAGAGCCCGAGACGGUCGAGUUGAGGGAGAACUUAACAUUUCAAGUAACACCGGUGCGUAUUGACGACACUAGUGUGAAGAAACUGGGUGGAAAGAAAGUUCAACUGGUUAAAGUUGCUUGGAAGAGAGCAGGAGUGGAAGAGCAUACUUGGAAAUUGAAAUCCGAGAUGCAGAAGGAUUAUCCCGAGUUAUUCUUAGGUAAUCACUAA